UAUUACUCCAUAUAUCACAAGUUUUUGAUAUUUUUUUUUUCCUCUCCUGUGGCUACUUCUAUUUCAGUUCUGCCCCUGGAAAAUUGCUUCAGAAAGGCAUUAAUCAUAGAAUGGAAUAUUACUAUAUUUUUCUCAGUCCAGGCAUUUAAAACUUCCUGAGGUGAUUAUUGAACAGCAAAAUGGACAACAAUGAGCUGGGCUUGUAAACACAUUUGAAAAGCUCCAGCUCCUCAAAGUUACUGCUGCCAUCAGUCUUGAGGGGUAACGGGAUCUGUGAAGCUACUUGUUUGAGGGAAAGCAGCAGACCCACACGCCAGAAAACCCAAAGGAUAAAAAUAAUGCCGGGGGGAAGCACUGCGGAUUGCCCUACCAUUUUAUGACCGCGCUGCCCCAGUGCACCAUGCCGGGGCGGCUCUGGCCUCAGCACCCCGCACCGCGCCGGGGGCUGUUUUUAAUCCUUCUUUGUUGCCAGCUAAAUUCCGACAGGAAUGAAGUAACAGAUCGCCUUCUGCACGCGGCUAACAGCUUUCCAGCCACCUGCAGACCGCCUUGCGCCAGGAGCUGAGCGGUCCCACCGCCAGGAGGGCUGCGGGGCGCCGACCCCCUGCGGCACCGGCCCGGCGGCUGCACGGCGGGGCUGGGACCAGCGCCGGGACCGGGGCCGGAGCCGCGCCGGGGAGGAAGAGGAGGAGAGGAGGAGGCUGUGCCGGCAGCCCCGCCGCCCGGAAGGCCGGGGCCUGCCCGUCCCGUGACCGCGAGCCCGCCGGAGCCGCCGCCCGCCUCCAGCAGGGGCCGGCGGGGGGGAGCCGCCAUGGCGGGGGACACCCCCAGCAGCCUCCCGGUGCAGGUGGUGGAGCAGCCCAGGGCUUUGGGGAUACUCGGUUAUCCUUUCGUCUUGUGUGCUGUAACCAAUGGCCCGUGCGCUUCGCUGGGACGAAGCGUGCUCUUGCCCACGGUGCUGCACCUGGUGUGUGGCAGUAGAACUUGCUGGCAGUUGAAUGAGCCCUUUUACCCGUGUUAGCGCUGGCAAGGGGAAUUUUCUAAAUUUGUGAUCCCCACAGAUCACAGAGCGCAGUGUAUUUCCGUUGACACAUCUAGAACCUCCAAAUGGAAAGUCUGAAGAACUUUCUGGGAGCUGUUGCUGUAAAACUAUUGCUGAAGCUGAAGGAGAGUUUUAUAGCAAAAUUUGGAUCAGCUCCCAAGUUUUAUGUUCGUGCACCAGGGCGAGUCAACUUAAUAGGAGAACAUAUAGACUACUGUGGUUAUGCUGUGCUCCCCAUGGCUAUAGAACAAGAUAUACUGAUUGCAGUAGAACCUGUAAAUAGUGAUGUUUUGCAACUGGCGAAUACAAAUUCUUUGUACUUGGAUUUUAGUGCUAGUAUUAAUGACAUUCAGAUUGACAAAACCAAAUCUCAGUGGCAUAACUACUUCCUAUGUGGACUGAAGGGUAUUCAGGAACAUUUUGGUCUUAAUAACCCAACUGGAAUGAAUUGUCUGCUAGAUGGAACCAUCCCUCCAAGUUCUGGUCUUUCUAGCUCCAGUGCUUUGGUGUGCUGUGCAGGACUCGUGACACUAAGAGCUAAUGGAAAAACCCUCUCUAAGGUGGAACUUGCAGAAAUUUGCACAAAGAGUGAACGUUACAUUGGCACAGAAGGUGGAGGAAUGGACCAGGCAAUCUCUUUCCUGGCAGAAGAAGGAACUGCCAAGUUGAUAGAGUUCAGUCCUCUGAGGGCAACUGAUGUUAGACUUCCAAGUGGAGCAGUGUUUGUUAUUGCUAACAGUUGUGUUGAAAUGAAUAAAGCAGCAACUUCUCAUUACAAUACUAGGGUAAUGGAGUGUCGUCUGGCUACAAAGCUUCUCUCAAAGUCAAAAGGCCUGGACUGGAAAAAAAUGUUGAGACUCCAAGAUGUGCAAGCCAAGCUAGGAGUUAGCCUAGAGGAAAUGCUGACCAUUGUCGAGGAGGUAUUACAUCCUGAGCCUUACAGCACAGAGGAAAUUUGUAAAUGCCUGGGAAUUAGCCUGGAGGACCUCCGCUCUCAGAUCCUUAGUCAAAACACGCAAGAUGUUUCCACCUUCAAGUUACACCAGCGUGCAAAGCACGUGUAUAGUGAAGCUGCCAGAGUGCUGGAAUUUAAGAAGAUAUGCAACGAAGCACCUGCCAAUGCAAUCCAGCUGCUGGGAGAAUUAAUGAACCAGAGCUAUAUCAGCUGCAGGGAAAUGUAUGAAUGCAGCUGUCCUGAACUGGAUCAGCUGGUAGACAUCUGCCUGCAAUUUGGGGCCGUUGGGUCACGUCUGACUGGAGCUGGAUGGGGUGGCUGCACUGUGUCAAUGGUGCCUACUGACAAGCUGAAUACUUUCCUAAAAAAUGUUAAGAAAGCUUAUUACCAAAGUGAUGUCCAAAGGUUAGCAUUGGAGAAUAAUAGUCUGUUUGCUACCAAACCUGGAAGAGGAGCUUUGGUUUUUGUUGAGGCCUAAAGAACAUAAUUUUUUUUAAAGAAACUAUGUAGGGCAUUUAGAACUGGCAGGACUUCCAAUGCCACAGUAAAUGAAAGCCUUCUCUGUUUUUUAUUAUAGUGAGCAGUUGCUAUUAUCAAAAUACAUUUCUGAAGAAGUGAUUAAAAGAACACUAAGAUCUAUUUUUUUCCCAAUACUAAAAAUAGAUUUCAGUGUAAACAUUCAUUUACAAAAAACUAUUGACAUAGAAAACUGAAAUUGAAAUAAUUUGUUAUAGCAGAUGUAUUUUCUUUUCCUUUUUCUGUAAUAAACGUAAGACCAGGUGGAGCGAUGAAACAUUUUAUUGUAGGGUAGGAACCUUGAAGUGUUUGCAGAGUUUUCACUGCUUGCUCACUUCAGCUGCUGGAUGUUGUUCUGUUUAUAGAAUCCUGUAAAGAUGAAAGAUCAAACUAAGGAAUUAAAAACAACAACAACAAAACAAAAACAAAACAAUGGAAGGACCUUGCUAAACAUUACAAGUUCCAUGCUAGUCUCAAAUAUGAUUUUUGUUGCAAUUAAUGAUAAUAUUGGAGGAGCACCUGCAGGCCAAAUAAAACAUCAGGAGCCCAGUAUGUUAAGCAGGAAAAUGUUCCUCCUAGCUAUAUUCUUCUGUAGCGUGGUGCAAGGGUGACUUAAUAUGAAAGUUUUAAGUGAAAAUCAAUGCUAUCUGUGAGCUGUAUGAUACAAUGUACUCCCCCUACUAAAUGAAUGAACAAAUAGUGAAACAAAGUUUGGGGCUGAGUUGUCCAAAUACUGUAUUUUAAUUGUUCAAUCCUAGCCGUGCAUCUCUAUACUGUGGAUGAAUUUGCAUUUUCAUGCAAGACUGUUACAAAGGAUUAGAUGUAACUCGUUCACCAUGUUAAAAAAAAUUAUAAGGAAUAACUAAGGAGAGAAUUCACUCAGUUGUACUAUGUAACAGUUAAGUAGGUGUGACCAAGAGUUAGUAUCAUUAACUUCUUUCUGACAAACUGUACUCUCUCCCCUACUUUAUGCAGUGCCUAAGGAAGUUACUAGCAGUCUCAAGAUUAUAACUGCAAUGCAUUGAAGUGUAACAUCCACUGUUCAUAGCCCAUCUCCUCAGUAGGAGAAAUAAUUAUGAUUACCCAAAGAGAUGACUGUACGUUAAGAUACCCCAAUAAUAUUCUAGCCAUGCUUCUAAGUACAAGAUUAAUUUCCUGUGCCCACACUAAUUUGCGCUUCUGUGCCAUCUACAAUGAGAACUCAGGAGUUUUGCUCAUGUCAUAACCCUUUUGGCCAUAAAAGAUAGAACAAGAUUUGUCCCUCUGCACAUUUUUAUGAUGCUAAGCACAUGUGGAUGUCUAGAAGUCUGCAUCAAAUUAGGGAUCUCUCAGAAGAGAUCCUCUGGACAUUACCCAUGCUAAUUCAGGCCAAAUAGGAAUUCUUAGAGGCUACUAAUUCUGUGAGAUGACUCUGCCAAAUUUGAACACAGCCAGUGUAGACUGCCAGGUCUUUUCAGGAAUGUCAGAGGGGACAUACAAUGGUAAUACUAUUGCUAGAGAUCUUCUUUUUGUAUUUUGACAAUCAAGAAAAAUUGAACAGAGAAUGCUCUAGAUCAAGCAAAUCAAGUACUCAAGAGGAAAAGGACAGGGUCUAGACAGAAAGAGGAGAAAUGAAGAGACAGAAUUUGGAGGGAGGACAGUUAAAAGAUAUAUUUGACAAGAGCAAGGGAUAAGAGAAACAGGAGAGCAAGAGAACAGGAUCUAGAACUACAGGAAGGUUUAAUCUCAAAACAUUCACUAAUACUAUUGAUGGAAAUGUAGUAUCUUGUAGCCUGUUUGUAAUGUACAGCAGAUGUGCUGUAUGUGCAACCAAAUCUGUAAACAGGACUCCAAAAAUCAAAUAACAAUAGCUAAAUAUCUUCAAGAAUUUUCAAAUUAAACCCGGAGAUUUUAAAGAAAAAUAAUGCCAUGGCCUUAUUAUCACUGGUCUUAAUAAAUACAGUCCUUAGUUUGAGUGAGUCUCUCCUUAUAAUCCUGUCAUAAAAGCAGUGUACUCCUUCAUAUAUUUGAGUUAAACUUUAGUUCAGCUGUAUUCGUGGAAGCUCUAACCAGUCUAUGAGAAGAAUAAGGAUUCAUUUUUUCAAGUUGAAUAUAUCACACAAUCACGGAACCUUCCCAAAAACAUGCAGGCAAACUUUUGGGCUGCAGCACUUUUCAAUGAAUCUUAUAAAUGAUAUUCUCAUAAACAAACUGGCACAAUAAUAAAAGAAUAAAAUCAAAUGUUCUGAACUUCUGAUUAAUUUAUUUCCUUUCCUUUUUUAUUGCUUCAAUUUUUUGCCAUACUUUUGCUGUAAUCUGCAAAUAAAAUUGAGACAUAACUAAUUGAAAGAUUUAUGGUAUUCGGAGUAUAUAAAUUAAAGUUUUGUUGUUGUUGUUGUUUAAACUACCAAUAGGAAGUAAUCGUUUCUUUUUAAAUAAAUUUUAAAAAGAAUGAA